GUGACCUUUUCUCACGGAAACAUACUCCUUCCUGCCUUCCACGUACCAUUCACAAAACAAUGCCAGUUUUCUAUACAAAGAGGUUCGAAAAUUCGACUGAGGAUUGUUGUGUCCGGAUUGGCAGCACACCGCCGAUUUGUGUAACCGUUAGCUCACGUGAGGAUUUUGAUCGUUACAUGCAGUGUUUAAAAACCGCAAUCCUCUCAAGUAUCUUUUCCUACGAAUGUGUUUAUCUCACGUCAAGAUUGGAUGAAAGCGCUGAAUUAGCCUUAGCUAAGUCAAUCAGAUCACACUAUUCUCCUACGAAUAUUCCCACAUUAUCUCUAUGGUUUACUUAUGGUUUGGAUCCGCACCCAUUCACGCCGACCAUUCAGAUCUCACCCACUCGUUCACGUUCCAUGAAGUUAAGCAUAGAGCUGGACGUCCUCUGUCCCUUUCCCGUAGCUAGGUCAAAGGUUGGUACUCUUCACAGUGUGUUGUGUGAUUCUGCAGUGGAAUAUCUUGAUCAUUUCUCGCGAGCAGUUCAUCAAUACUGGGAUUCCAACGGCCAUCCACCGAAAGGUGUUCGUGCACACCAUUACAUACUCCAUUCGAAUUUGGUGACCAUAUUCUACGCGAAGAAAAUUUCAGAAGAGCUGGAGUUUGUUUUCCGUCAAGCCGUUCAUAAAGAACUCAAUCUUCCUCUGGAUGUACCAUUGCUCAGACGUGGGCAGGCGAUUCUCCCAGUUCCCUACCUCGCACAGUGGCUUGGCCCAAAUGACGAACUCCUAGUCUGCCCCCACGAGCACUUGAAACCUCCGGCACCUGGUCGCGGUACAGCCUAUGUAGUUAAAGGUCGUUACACCUAUAAACACUACUUACAGGAUGACACGGACGAUAAAAACUGGGGAUGUGCUUAUCGGUCCCUACAAACACUCAUUUCCUGGUUAAUGUGGCAAGGAGAAAUUAUGCCUGGUCCCAUUCCAUCACUUACUGACAUUCAGUCUGCUCUGGUCCGUGUACGCGAUAAACCCAAACAGUUCGUUGGCUCCCGGCAGUGGAUAGGUUCUCUGGAGGUUAGCUUCUGCUUGCAAGAGCUUUACGGUGUUACAUGCCGCAUCCUACCCGUUUCACGUGGUUGUGACAUGGGAAAUACAGCAGCUUCAGUACUUGCCCAGCACUUUUCCACUGGGGGAGGCCCCGUAAUGAUUGGUGGUGGUCAACUGGCACAUACGAUUAUCGGAGUUCAAAUACCAGACGUGUGCACCCCUGUCGGGGGUGAGUUCUUGGAUAAACCAUCAUCCGCUGCUCGGUACCUCAUCAUAGACCCUCAUUUCACAGGCCCAUCGGGACAGUUGAAAGUUGUCUUGGACAAGGGUUGGUGCGGCUGGAAAGAAGCAAGCUUUUGGAAGGCGGACGUGUUUUACAAUCUUUGUUUUCUUCCCGCUGUGCGAUCUGGCCGCGUUUAACCGAUCCAUCUUUUUUUCCUCAGGUUUUUUUACUGUUUCCUUUAUCUUUCAUUCUUUUCUCGCAAUUCUCCAUCGAUAGGUAACCUCCCUCACUUCUUGUGCCAAGAACAGUGCACUGGUGUUGCUUUAUAGCUGCGCAUGCUGCAACUAGUCGAUUUUUGGCAUUUCCUACUGACUCAUUUUCCCCCCAAAUAUGUGAUACCUUUGUUCUAUUUUGGUAUGCCUGUUAUCUCGAAAUCUUGAUGUACUCGCCAUCUGUUGAUAAGUCACCUGCUUCGCGUUGUUAUCGGUUGUUUUUUUCUCAUUUUGUUAGUGAUUGAUUAAUCUUAGUGGAAUCAUUUAAACUGUUUGAUGAUG